GCGCCUCCCGACCCUAGGUGCUUCCCCCCUGAGGGGAGGCAUCGCGAGGGUCUGCGGCGGGCUGCUCUGAGCGCUGAGCUCCAGACGUGCGAGUCCACGUAUGGAUCCAGGGAAUGCGAAUUCAGCCAGAGAGGCUGCCGCGGGCAUAGACCUCGAGCCCGACUUCGAACCCCAGAGCCGUCCCCGCUGCUGCACCUGGCCCCUUCCCCGACCAGAGCUCGCCGCCCAGCCGCCCCAGCCUUCCGAGGUGGAGCCGGCUCUGGGUCAGAAGGUCCCCACGGAGGCGCGCUCAGUACCAAUCCUGUUGCCCUCCCGGCUCCCCGAGCCGGCCGGGGGCCCCCAGCCCGGGAUCCUGGGGGCCGUAACAGGUCCUCGGAAGGGAGGCUCCCGCCGGAAUGCCUGGGGUAAUCAGUCGUACGCGGAGCUCAUCAGCCAGGCCAUCGAAAGCGCCCCCGAGAAGCGACUGACACUAGCCCAGAUCUACGAGUGGAUGGUCCGCACCGUGCCGUACUUCAAGGACAAGGGUGACAGCAACAGCUCAGCAGGAUGGAAGAACUCGAUCCGCCACAACCUGUCUCUGCACAGCAAGUUCGUCAAGGUCCACAACGAGGCGACCGGCAAGAGCUCCUGGUGGAUGCUGAACCCCCAGGGAGGCAAGAGCGGCAAGGCGCCCCGCCGCCGGGCCGCUUCCAUGGAUAGCAACAGCAAGCUGCUCCGGGGCCGCAGCAGGAUGCCCAAGAAGAAGCUGGCCAUGCUGCCCGUGCCACCCGAAGGUGCCUUGCCGAUGAGCCCCGUCGGCCACUUCUUCAAGUGGUCGGGCAGCCCUGGUUCUCGAAACCGCGACGAAGCCGACAUGUGGACCACCUUCCGUCCACGCAGCAGCUCCAACACCAGCAGCAUCGGCGCCCGGCCCUCCCCCGGGGGGCCGGAGCCCGAGAUGCUGGCGGUGGAGGAAAUGCCCUGCGCAGGCAGCAGCUAUGUGGGCUGUGUCCCUGCCCCCCGAAACGAAGGUCUGGAGCUGCUCGAUGGCCUCCACCUGGCCUCCGCCCGGGCCCUGCUCCCUCCGAGUAGUCUCACGGGCUUCUGCUUGCAGCAUCCCGGGCUUCCGGGCCCCUUACAGGGCUACGGCGCCUCCCUCUUUGGCCCGGCAGAGGGGCCCCUGGCGGCAGGUGAAGGGUGCUUCCCUAGCUCCCAGUCUCUGGAGGCCCUGCUGGCCUCUGAUCCACCACCACCCCCUGCCGAUGUCCUCAUGAGCCAGGUAGACCCCAUUCUGUCCCAGGCGCCCACGCUUCUCUUGCUGGGGGGCAUGCCUUCCUCCAGUAAGCUAGCCACAGGAGUCGGCCUGUACCCCAAGCCUCCCGAGGUUCCGGGGCCCAGCGGUCUGGUUCCCCCCGUUCCUGUGCUAGCACCACCUCCGGUCAUGGUGGAUGUUCCCAUCCCCAAGGCUCUGGGGGACCCCGUGGUCACACCCCCUGCCGAUACUACAAGCCAAGACAAAAUGCCUCAGGAUCUGGAUCUCGACAUGUAUUUGGAGAACCUGGAGUGUGACAUGGAUAACAUCAUCAGCGACCUCAUGAAUGGGGGUGAGGGACUGGACUUCAACUUCGAGCCAGAUCCCUGAGCCGUGGCUGGAAGCUUUAUCCCUGGCUUCAGAGAUGGAGCCAGGCAUACCCAUACUCUCUCUUUACCCUUGAUUAUCCCUGGGAAUUUGGGACGCUGAUUUAGAGCUAGGGUGAGGUUUAUGCACACGGGUGUUGAAAUUAUAAAGCUAAAGCCGCCCCAUGUGGGAACUAUAGGGGGAGGGUGAGGGGCUGGGAAAGGGAGGGGGUUUAUUCUCACUGUGCCAAUUAGGGGGUAAGGCCCCCUCUUGGGAGCCAUCCUCAGCUCCCCCCAUUCCCACCCCCGAGUUUUGUAGCAGGGGCGGGCAAUGCUGUUGGAAAUGUAAAGUCACCAGUGGCCUUACCCCUGCCUUUGGGAGCAGGGUUUUUUGUAGCAUCUUAUCUGA